UGCUUAUUGAGACGCAUCUCUAUUAAUACGAAUAAUUAUAAAAUCCCACCUGUUUCUUCGAACCCUCAUGUUCCGGGCUUACAAUAGCCAAACAGCCUAUUAGAUUCUCCGUCUCCGGCUUGAGCUAGACCUUGAGGCAUCGUCGUCCAGCCCGCAUCAAAGAUGUUAGAGAAACCAAUUCUAAUAAUCAAUGGCGCCGGCUUCGCUGUGUCAACGAUCCUCACAAACCUCCGUCACAACCUAGCUUUCCGCCUCAAACUUUUACGUCAUGCCAUGUUUUCUUCCUCUUCGUCCUCCGCAGACCCAGAGAAACCCCGUAAUAUAAUUAUCAUAGGCGCCUCUAUCGCAGGCUACUUCGCUGCCAGUAAUAUCGCGCGAUAUUUGCUUCCAAACUCGGAAUACCGUAUCAUCGUCAUCGAACCCCGAGACCACUUCCAUUUCACUUGGGUACUUCCCAGAUUCUGCGUCGCCGAGGGCCACGAGCACAAGGCAUUCAUCCCUUAUGGCGGACUUCUGCCCCCCGGAUCCUUGGAUGCCGAUGGAGGCAAGGUGUCGUGGAUCAAAGACCGUGUCGCUAGCAUCUCGCGACACAGCGUGCGUUUGGCUGAGACCGGCGAGGAGAUUCCAUACGAGUUCCUGGUCGUAGCUACUGGCGCAGGUGCUACCGAUACUCUACCUAGUCGUGUUGGAACCUAUGAUAAGGAGGAAGGAAUGAAGCUCAUGAGAGAGAUGCAGAGGCAAAUCCGCGAGUCGAAGAAUCUAGUCGUCGUGGGUGGAGGUGCUGCAGGCGUUGAGCUAGCUACGGAUGCGAAGUCAAAGUACCCAGAGAAGCAUGUCACCUUAGUACAUUCAAGAGAUUCUGUGAUGCACCGGUUUGGGCCGAAGUUGCAAGCCGCCGCGACAAAUGGUAUUAAGGACCUGGGAAUCGAGCUUAUUACUGGGGAUAGAUUGGUUAGCGAGGACAAAGAGAAGGGCAUUGCCAUCUUAAAGAGUGGAAAAGAGAUUGCAUGCGAUUACCUGGUCAACUGCGCAGGUCAAAGGCCCGACUCCAAGCUGAUUUCGGAGCUGAGCCCGACAUCUAUAUCUGAAUCAGGCCAUAUCCUUACCAAGCCUACUCUGCAGCUUCAGGAUGAAUCCCUACCUAACGUAUAUGUUUGUGGAGAUGUCUCUGAGACCAACACCUCACAUCCAAACUCGAGGUCUGCAAUGCGCCAGGCUACGAUUGUUGCUUUCAAUGUGGUAUCUGCUACAGAAGGCAAGAAGCCCAAGGACAAGUAUGUGCCGCAUUGGACUGACGGUGGAAUCAAGUUGACUUUGGGACUCGAUAAAUCAGUUGCCAACGUCGGUGAUGAGAAGGCUGAGUUCCUAUUUCCCGGAAAGGAGAAAAACGAGGCUCUCAUGGCUGCGGGGGCCUGGCAUAGGCUAGGUGCUAAGCCCUUUGAGGACGACGGGGAAUUCUUACGGAAGAUCAAGGCGAAGAUCUAAAUGGAUUCGUUCCCAUUGAACUGGUGUAUAAUUAAGUUCCUUAUUUAUGGAGGCAUAAGGUCGAUCGUAGCCAACUCGUUGCUAUGAUGGUUACAGACAAGGCAUGGCGCAAGGUUGACAUUCCCAAGUUCAGUAGAAGCGGACUUCUGUUGGUAAUAGCAAAAUUAGAACUUAGAGCAAGCUACAUCCUAAUACAAUUGUAAAUCAUCUUAACCGCAUUA